AUGCAUUUAGCUGCAUUACGUGCAUGUAUGGAAUUAACAUCUAUUAUGAAUGAUACAACUACAUAUUAUGCAUGUUAUGAAUCAUACUUUAUUGCUAUUAAGCAAAUUAAUCAAUUAUUAUGGUAUAAUGAUAGUAUAGAUACAGGUUAUUUCUUAGCUUAUACAGGUGGACAAGGUGAAAAAGCAAUAUUUACAGAUGCAUUGUAUGGUCAAGUAUUAGCAUUUACAUAUGGUUUAGGUCCUUUAUAUAGUAUAUCAAUAAUGAAAAAACAUUUAGAAAGUGAAGUACGAUUAGCAGAUACACCAUAUGGUUUAAGAAUGUUAACUGAACGAGAACCAUUAACAAAUCCACAAGAUAAUUCUAUAUGGAUGAGUGCAUCACAAGAUUGGUCUGUAUUAAAUUUAUGGUUUAAUAUAGAUUUAGAUAGUGCAUUAAUACAAUCGAAAAAAGCAAGUGAUGGUUAUGGUAUUGGAGGAAAACCAUGGGUUACAUCACUUUAUAGUUUUCAUAUGGUUUUAUGGCAUUUACCAUUUGCAAUUACAGGUCAAUAUACAGAUUUAACAAAAGGUAUAUUAUUAUUUUCACCUAAAUUACGAUCACCAUUUCUUUUGCCUGUACUUAUUCCCAAUACUUUUGGAUCAAUAACAAUUGGAAAUUUAUCUUUGAAUAUACUUGCUAUUAAUAAUGUGAAAUAUCCAGGAAGUAUUCAUCUAACAGCUGGACAAUCGGUACAGUGGAUUGGAUGAUUGAUCAAUGACAAUUAAUAUUUAUUAUAACUAUAAUUAAAUAAAAAAGAAAACUUUUUUUGGUGCUUUCCAUUCUUGAACAAUUUUCUAACAAUGUAGUAAGCAGUAUGUGUUUGGUUCUUUAAUUUUGACAAUAAAAAUAUAUAUGAAUAAUAUUGAAAACAUUCAAUUCAAACAGAUUUAAUUAUUAUCUAUUUCAAAAUAUAAGAGCCGU